AUGCAUCGUCGAGCAGCGCGAAUAUCAAUGAGAUAUAGACAUUAUGGUUUUGCCCUAAACCGUCACGGCCGUAAAAACGACAUCGGCCACGCCAUGGGAUAUAAUGACUUCCUGCAGCUGAUCCCUCCCAAUUCCGCUCUUUCCCUUCACCCUUUGCGAGCGUCACGUUCUGUCAGCCGUCACGAGGAGCAGCGUCUCGAGCGUUCGACCCAGGUUCCGUGUCCGAAGCAAGAAAGGAGAAAGAGAUCAAGGAUCGCUUUAGUGUUGGAGCGUCGACAGGCUAAGUAUGCCGUAAAGCUCGAACAAAAGACCGAACCACAUCCUGAUCCGACGCUCUUUAUGAGCCGACCAAGAGGGCAUAAGGCGCAGCGCAUGCAGACCUUGUUGCCUCGCUUGGACCGUCAGAAGCUUGCUAUUUCCCAUCAUCUCGACGCAGCCGGCAGCAAACAGCAACAACACGCUUCAUCCCGCGCAGCAGGCCAGACGACCAUGUUCAGCCGAGCAUCAGCAGGCGGCAGCGCUGCUUCCUCGGCAGGCACAUACGACGAUCUCGUCAUACGUGCUACAGACGAGACACUCACCCAGGUCAACUGGGAUGUCUUGCUCACGCUGUGGGACAAAGUCAACGGCGAUGGCGAACAAGGGAGCAGAGCAGUCAUCACAGCGCUUCAGAAGCGACUCACUCAUCGGAGCGCCAACGUCCAGCUCGCCUGCCUCACAGUUGCAGAGAGUCUGGUCAAAAAUUGCGGCAAGCCGUUGCACAGAGAAGUCGCAAGCAAAAGCUUCUGUGAUGCUCUCAAGCGGCUCGCUCUCGAUCGGACGACACAUCAGCAAGUCAAGACAAAGGUUGCACAGGUCAUCACCUCUUGGACAGAAGAGUUCAAGAGCGAUCCCCAGCUUGGUAUCGUAGAAGACACGCAAGACGCGCUGAGAGCCAAAGGUUUGAUGUAUCGACCGCCCUCGCCAGAAUCAGAGCGCGAGCCCUCGAAUGAUGAUCUCAAGCGAGAGGAGGAGGAGCUGCGGAAAGCAAUCGCUCUCUCAGAGCAAGAAGCGCGUGCCCCCUCUGCCCAACCCGCGCCAAAUUCGCAGCGCAACGGCGGCUACGUACUGGGUCCCUCCCAUAUGCCUACAUUCGACUCAACCGGCUACCAGCCCCAGCCCUCGAGUAGCGCUCAGGAUCCGUAUGCCAAUCAAACUAAUUCAAACGCUCCGGCGACUGAGAUCAGGACGGCACCUACGCGCGUGAGAGCUUUAUACGACUUUGAACCCGCUCAAGAGGGCGAGAUGGCGCUCAAGAAAGGCGAUAUUGUGCGAGUGCUCGACUCGAAUUACGAAGAAUGGUGGAAAGGCGAAUGUCGUGGAAGGAUAGGCAUCUUUCCCAUCAGCUACGUCGAAUCCCUGCCGGAGCCUACCAUAGACGAAGUUCAUCGAGAAGCCGAGCAGGAAGCGGCUCUUUUUGCACAGUCGAGCAAUAUCGAUCGCUUGCUCAACAUGCUGCAGACCCUCGGACCGGAUGAAGAUCUUGGCGACAACGAGGAGCUAUCGGACCUGUAUCGAGAUUGUCUCACCUUGCGGCCAAAGAUCAUCAAGCUCAUCGAAAAGUACAAUCAGAAGAGGAUGGAGCUCCUCAGCGUCCAUGACCGUUUUGGUACCGCUACGGCCACCUACGAUCAGAUGAUGAAGGCUAGCAUGGAGCGAUAUCACCCAGAAGCAUACGGUCCUCCCCAGGCCUAUGCGCCCGGUCCUAGCUAUUCACAACCGCCCCAACCACAGCCACAGCCUCAGGCGUCUCCUGGUAAUAUUGCGUAUGCCUCGCAGCCUGGCUAUGCUUCGCCGCAUCAUUCACCGCAGCAACUUGCGCCGCAUGAGCAAAUGCAACGUAUGAGCCUUCAGCCGCCUGCGCCUCAACCUAUCUACUCUGGCCAGCAAUCGCAACAGUACCACGCCGAACCUGGCCAGAUCUAUCGUCCUCCCACUGGCACAGAGUAUGCGCCCGAGCCGUAUCAGUCCCAGCCGUCCUACCCGCAGCAGCAGCCGGAACAGCAGCAUGAAGCUCCUUCGCGACCACACCAGCAAGCGCCCGAACAGCGACAAGCAAUCGAGUAUGUACCCGAUACGCGCUAUGCUGCCGACUAUGGCAUGCCGCCCGUGAUGCAUGCUCGAGGCCCCUCGUACGAGCAGACGUUCGCGCGACAUCAGCCUAGACAGAGCCAGGGGCAGCCUUACGAUCCGCAUGCAGAUCCAAACGCGGUGCAACCAUGGCAGCAAGGUGCACAUCAGGGUCAACAUGCUCCUACGAGGCAGACAUCGGUAGCUUCGCAGGCCAGCGCGCCUCAGGCCCCGCCGGCUCAAUACUAUUCACAACCUGGCGCUCCAGCGUAUCCUUGA